UGCAAAAGAAAGAAUAAUAUUAGGACCAAAAGGGCGAAGUUAUACAACCACCACGAAUCAGGAAAAAAACAGGACAAGCGUAGCUUGAUAGAAUUACCAGGAAAAUGUACCAGGAAAAAGUUUCUGAAAGAUCACCAUGGAUGAAGAUCUCGCAAGAUGAACGAGUGGGAGGGGAAGGGGAGUAUGUGCGUCUCUAGUAAUAUCUAGUAGGUUGUUUCCCGUCGUUCUUUCGACGGAUCUUCUUGGAGAAAUCCCGAUCUUGGCUGCCUCGGCCGACCUGUGUUCCCCUUCCCUGCCUCUUGCGGAUGAAGAGGAAAAGGCCCGAUGCAUCCUGGCCUGGAUUGCUCCCUUUCUUCUUCUUUUCUUUCCCAAUAAAUCCACCGAGUGCACUUCCCCGCUUCCUUCAAAUCUUCUCUCUCAUGUUUUUUGCCGUAGGCCAUGGCUAAAUCACUAUGGAUCUGGCGGUGUGAGCUUCCUCAUCAUUGGAGCUGCUUUUGAGCCGGUUGAGGAGAUGGUUGGAGAUGAUGGGCGCCAAACUUCUAGAUCCCAGCGCGUCUUCAACUCAGCGGUGGAUCUCGAUCUCGAGGUCGACUGCGUUCCGGUGACCGUCUCAACGGAGUGGAGGUUGGUGUCGUCUACUACUUCGAAAUCCAAGGUGUUGGCCUCCUGCGCCUGCACUAGAAUGGCCUCUUUCCUCCACUGGAUGUGUUCCCGUGAUGGCUCCCCGAUCCAGGGUGCUCCUUUGUGCCUGCUGUCCAGCGAGUUGUAUGGAGCAAUUUCUUGCAAGGCGAUGACGAGAAUCCAAGGUACAAUUGAUGUGCCCCUCUUGGGCAAGGCUGUAUCUUUCGUUCUCGUCACUUGUCGUCUCCAUGGCUCCAUCUUGCUGGUGGCCUUCGUCAAAGAAAUAGGUAGUUUGGGCUCUGCAAUGUUCUUGAAGGCUGGUGCUCUGUGUCUCGGUGUGUUUCAGAAUCUGUGCUUCAGAGUUGUUCCUGUAUAUUUCGUUCCGAAGCUUCUCACUGGGGGUGUUAAGUGCCUUAGUUUAGAGUGUUUCUUUUACAUUUUAAAGUCAAGAGUGGUUGAUGAUCUUGCUCAAGACGGUGGUUCUUGCUCACUUGAGCCGAUUCACCGACGGCAGGUGAGAGAGCCAUUGUUGCUGAUCUCCAGAUUGUGUGAGCAAGAAAGUUUCAGGAGAGUCGCUGGCUCUUCGGCUGGCUAACACUAAAUAGGCCCUCGAAGAUUUCAACCGUGGCUGUGCGUCAGUACUCUCUCAACUGGCUCACCAUCAGACUCCUGUUGUAGUCUUCCCCGUCUUGGUUUGCGACUCACUGUUCUUGAUUUCAAAACAUGCAAAGUUGCACUGUUGUAUGCUGCUUUGUAACCCCUGGUUAUAUAUAAUAUACUUCCUCA